AUGUGGCUCGGAACGUUUGAUUCUGCUGAAGAAGCUGCUCGAGCCUACGAUGAAGCUGCUUGUCUCCUUCGAGGCUCAAAUGCUCGAACGAAUUUCCAUAACCAUACCCCUGUUAGCCCUGCUCUUUCUAUGAAAAUUAGAAACCUAAUCAACCAUAAGAAAAGUCUCAACAAAAUCAAUCACAAAAGUACUAGUACUAGUAGCAGCAGUAUUCCGACUUCAUCAACUAUUCAUCAACAAACUCAAAUAUCGAAUGAUGAUGCAUAUAAGCCGGAUUUGAACUUCUAUGAUCAAAUAACAUGUUCAAAUUUCGAUCAUACAUCAACAUUUGCAAAUGAUUUUGACACGAUUCUUCUUGACGAUGAAAAUGUUGAUAACUUUCAUGACGUAGUACCAAAGGAGAUUAUCGAAGAUCAUACUCAAUUCGAAAAUAUGAAUGUUGAAAGACAAAUAUCAACAUCACUAUAUGCUAUGAAUGGAGUCAAUGAAUAUUGGGACAAUUUUCAUGAUAGUAGUAAUAAUAAUAAUAAUAAUGAUUGGGAUCUCCCUAUGCUCUACCAAAUGUUUUGUCCAAGUUAG